AUGAUGCGUCGCUCUUUUUGUUUGCUUGCAGCUGCUGCCGCCACCACCGCCGCUGCUUCUGCCGCAUCGCCCACGAAUACCAAGAUGAGUACCCUUUACAAGGUCCUGACGGGCGAGCUGCACUUCAAGAACAAGGUACCCGUCAAGGAGUGCAAUAUUGUGUACCAGUUUGGUGAGGAUUGGGAGUCGGAAUUGUCGGCAUAUGCCAAAGCUCUUUCCGCGCAGCAGAAGAGUGUUCUCGAGCGGCAAAUGGUACGUCUGAAGAUUACACGUUACACGGUUGCAGAGCUUUCCGACUACUGUGGUGAUGGCCCCGCCCAUCUGGACGCGUCAGCACGCGAGGCGAACAUUGAGCAGGGCGUUGCUUUUCUAAAGGAGAAGGGCAUAGAAGCGUUUGAGAAGUAUGUGGCCGAGGAGGCGGUGAAUGCAAACUGGAAGCCGGCGGACGUGAAGAAGUUUAUCGACGCCGUGAAGGGUAAGGCAAAGUAA